AUGGCUGUACAACGAAUACAACAUCAUAUUUUCGAGUUAGUUGCUCCGACCAUUGCUUUAAGCGCCAUAUUCAUCCUACUCUUUGGACCUUGUAUUAUUUCCUCGUGCAUAUAUCUGGUUCCUAGAACCAUUCGAAAUUGGAACGCGUCACAAGAUCAAUCAUCAACGCAUAACCAUAAAGAGGAGAUUAAGAGUACUUCCACAAGUAAUGGAAGGAUAACGCCGACAAGGAAUGGUUAUGCGUCAGUGUCUACGAGUGAUGAUUUCGAUUGCUAUAAUCGAGCUAAUGAAAUGGAGAGCGCGGAUAAAAUACAUGAUGCUUAUUACAUUCAUGCUUUCGUCAUUCCGAAUUAUGAGGAACCCGAACCAUUAUUAAGAGACACCAUUAAGAGAUUGGCACAACAUAGAAAUGCUACCGAUCAUUAUGUUAUCGUAUUGGCAAUGGAGGCGUCAGAGGUAGAUCAUCGGACAAAGGCUGAUAAUCUCAGAAGAGCUUUUGAUGGAUCUUUUCUUGAUUUUAUCAUAACGAUUCAUCCAAAGGAUUUACCCGGUGAAAGUCGAGGCAAGGGAAGCAACGUGGCAUACGCUGCUAGAGCUACAUGUGAUGAGUUGGUUCGUAAGAGGAUCGACAAAAGACGCGUUGUUUUCACCGUUACGGAUUCCGAUUCUGCUAUUCCGGAACUUUACAUCCGUCACGUUGAAAAGGCCUUUGCUGAAUCAUUUGAUCCUUACGCGAUAAUUUGUUCCCCUCCUAUCUUUUUCUCGAGAAACGCACUUAAUGUACCUGCCGCAGUACGCGUCACUGACAUCAUGUGGUCUAUAAUGGUGAUGCAAAAUCUGAGUAAUCGUAAGGGAUUGGCGUUCCCUUGUUCGACGUAUAGUUUAAGCAUGGUUCUUGCUGAACAAGUUGGAUUCUGGGACACCGACAAGGACGCGAUCGGUGAAGAUUUGCACAUGUGGCUGAAAUGCUUUUUUAAAACCGGGGGAAUUUCUAGAACGAUUCCAAUAUACGUUCCUAUAAAUCUCACGAAUGUUCAAACAACCGUUGCCGAUGUCGCUUAUUCAUUGAAAUUUGCUUUCGGGGUUAGCAAGAAAUCCCCGGAUACCAAAUCACUUUUGGGAUCUUAUUCCGGACAAAAAUUUUUCAUGUCAUGUUCGUUAGCUGAUAAGCUUACCGUUGUAUUUCACGUCUUGGAAGCUCACAUGAUUCCUGCGACCUCAGGAUGGAUCAUGUUUGCUGCUGUUCCUUUAACACAAUUUUUACUCAUAUCCACUUAUUCACCUUUAUCAAAUUAUUAUCCAAGUUUUCAGAAUCCAAUCCUAACUUCAACAUUUUAUUAUUACAUGUUUUGCCUUAUACAAGCGGUUAGUAUAUUAUUACCUAUGCCUUUACUGAUGUGCGCCGCAUUAUACGAAGGUUUACAUAAGACUAUAGAUGUUGAUUUGCUCAAGAAAAGUUCCAGUGAGACUAGAACAUGGAGAAAUGUUGUGGAUUACGCUUGGCUUCCUGUGAGCGCUUGGUUAUUUUUGACUUUGCCAAGUACAAUGGCUUGUGUAAAAAGGUUAAUAAAGUGUGAGGAACAAUACGUGGUAGCUGAAAAAAUAUUUUCAGAAGAGCUAACACGAUAA